AUGGCACCUACGUUAGAAUCCAGCAAGAUCGCCUUCAUCGGCGGCGGCAAUAUGGCCGCAGCGAUCAUCGGAGGCCUGGUCGCAAAGGGCAUCGACAAGCAAAACGUCACCGUCUCGGAGCCGUGGGACGUGAACCGCGAGAAGAUGGCCACCCUCGGCGUCAAAACGACCACCUCCAACGCAGAGGCCUUUGCCGGCGCCGACAUUGCGAUCCUCGCCGUCAAGCCCCAGGUCGCAAAGGGCGUCUGCAAUGAGCUCGGCAAGGCCAUCUCGGGUCAGGAGAAGACACCCGUCGUCGUCUCCAUCGCUGCCGGCAUCACCCUCGAAGCCCUCCAGAAAUGGCUGGCGCUCGACGACGGUCGGUCCCCCCACGUCGUGCGUGUCAUGCCCAACACCCCUGCCCUGGUGGGCGAGGGCGCGUCUGGUCUGUUUGCGGGUAGCGACGUGACGGACGACGAAAAGAAGUUGACUGAGGCGCUUAUGGCGAGCGUCAGCAAGGCGACGGAGUGGGUUGACAAGGAGGAGCUGAUUGACGUCGUCACUGGCUUGUCAGGAUCCGGCCCUGCGUACUUCUUCGCCAUGGUCGAACAUCUCAUCUCCAGCGCCGUCGGUCUUGGCCUCUCCCCCGAGCAGGCGAAGCGCUUGGCCACCCAGACCUGUCUCGGUGCCGGCAAGAUGCUCGUCGAGUCCCCUGAGGAGCCCAGUCAGCUUCGCAAGAAUGUAACCAGCCCCAACGGCACCACCCAUGCUGCCCUUCAGAGCUUUGAAGCCUCUGGCUUUCAAGAGAUUGUCGACAAGGCCGUCAAGGCUGCGGCGGAUCGCGGCGAGGAGCUCGGAAAGACUCUGGGCAACCAGUAA